UCUACUGAUGUUGAAUUUUCUUGGCUCGCUCGAAAUUUGCAUCCUAUUCCUAAUCAGAAGAUACACUGGCGAUCUUUAGAAGGUCUUCCGAAUAGAGGUGCAGUCAGAUUUUUCCCCAAAGGUCCAUCCACCUGCAAACUACAAUUGACAGUCUCAUAUGAGAUUCCUGAAAUUAUGAUUCCAGUUGCAGCGGUGAUUCAGCCAUUCAUGGAAGGAUUGCUUGAACAAGGCUUACAAAGAUUCGCCAUAGUUGUCAAAGAGUAUCAGAGAAAGAUCUCACAGCGCUAACCUGCCGGCCAUCUUUAUGAUGCUAGCAAGCCAGGAUAGAGAAGAGGCUCAAAUAUUCACACCCGGUUAGUCAGCAUUCCUUCAAUAUACACCUGGCCAAUGCUUCUGUGAUCCUGAUCAAAGAUCAAACCAAGAGAUUUUGAUGGUGAAUAUGACUUGACUUGCCGCAUCCAUUCAGAAUUUAAGCUUUAAUUUUUGUUUUUACAAAAAAUGUGAUUGCUUGGUAAUUUUCUGGUCCUUAGACAUAUGCAUGUAUACAUGUAAGAAUCACUGCUUGAUCAGUAUUUUCAAUUACCUUUUACUAAGAGUAUA